GUGGAUAACACCAUUGCCCAGUGCACAGAAAAAUGAAGGUUACUGAAGAAUUGACUGUAGAACUGCAGGAUACGAAGAAAACACAUCACAGCUAGCUUGUCUUAUCACAUCACUGAACCUAAGGGGACUAAUCUGUUCCGCAUUGGAAGCAGCACUGGAGAAAUCAGGACUAAGAGACGAAUGAGUGACCACGACCUGAAAACUCACCCACUUGUUGUGACAGUAUGUGACCAUGGAGAACCUUCACUGUCAGCUACAGUGACUGUUGAGGUUGUGGUGGUCGAAAGUCUGGACAGCGUGCAGCCUUCCCUAAGACAAGUGCCGAUGAAGGAGGAGGGCUUUUCUGAUCUGAAUCUGUAUCUGCUCAUCGCUAUUGUCUCAGUGUCGGUGAUCUUUCUGCUGAGCCUCAUCGGUUUGAUAGCAGCUAAAUGCUACGGGUCAGAGGGCGGUUUGAGCGGGUGCGGCGCUCCAGUGGUCACUACACACCCUGAUGGGAGCUGGUCUUACUCUAAAGCCACUCAGCAGUACGACGUGUGCUUUAGCUCAGACACGCUGAAGAGUGACGUAGUGGUUUUCCCCUCGCCGUUUCCGCCUGCAGACGCAGAGCUGAUCAGCAUUAAUGGAGGGGACACUUUCACGCGGACACAGACUCUCCCCAGCACUGGGAAGGUAAGGGGCUUGUGA